GCCAGAAGAAAGAUGGCGGCGCCCGCAGCUGCCGCGGAGCCGCAGGCUUCUGGGGGUCCUCGGCCCCCAGUGUGUCUCCUGGUGCUGGGAAUGGCGGGAUCCGGGAAAACUACCUUUGUGCAGAGGCUUACGGGACACCUGCAUAGCAAAGGCUCCCCACCUUAUGUGAUCAACCUGGACCCAGCUGUGCAUGAAGUCCCCUUUCCUGCCAACAUUGAUAUUCGUGACACUGUGAAGUAUAAAGAAGUCAUGAAACAAUAUGGACUUGGGCCCAAUGGUGGCAUAGUGACCUCACUCAAUCUCUUUGCUACCAGAUUUGAUCAGGUAAUGAAAUUUAUCGAGAAGGCCCAGAACAUGUCUAAAUAUGUCUUGAUUGACACACCCGGACAGAUUGAAGUAUUCACCUGGUCAGCUUCUGGCACAAUCAUCACUGAGGCCCUGGCAUCCUCAUUUCCAACAGUUGUCAUGUAUGUAAUGGACACAUCACGAAGUACCAACCCUGUGACCUUCAUGUCCAAUAUGCUCUAUGCCUGCAGCAUCUUGUACAAAACCAAGCUGCCUUUCAUUGUGGUCAUGAAUAAAACUGACAUCAUUGAUCACAGCUUUGCAGUGGAAUGGAUGCAGGAUUUUGAGGCUUUCCAAGAUGCCUUGAAUCAAGAGACUACCUACGUCAGUAACCUGACUCGUUCAAUGAGCCUGGUGUUAGAUGAGUUUUACAGCUCACUCAGGGUGGUGGGUGUCUCUGCUGUUCUGGGUACUGGCUUAGAUGAACUCUUUCUUCAAGUCACCAGUGCUGCAGAAGAAUAUGAAAGGGAGUAUCGUCCUGAAUAUGAACGUUUGAAGAAAUCACUGGCUAGUGCACAGAGCCAACAGCAGAAAGAACAACUGGAACGCCUUCAGAAAGAUAUGGGCUCCGUAGCCUUGGACACGGGAACUGCGAAAGAUAGCUUAUCUCCUGUGCUGGACCCUUCUCAAUUGAUCCUGACUCGAGGAACCUUGGAUGAAGAGGAUGAGGAAGCAGAGAGUGAUACUGAUGACAUUGACCACAGAGUUACAGAGGAAAGCCGUGAAGAGCCAGCAUUCCAGAAUUUUAUGCAAGAAUCAAUGGCACAAUACUGGAAGAGAAACAACCAAUAGGACAUUUUAGGAAACUUCACUUGUUUCUAUAAGUCCAAAAUUUUGGAGCUCCAUGUGAAAGGACUAUCCUUACCUCUGAUAGGGGGCUACUAUAAAGGUCAAUUUUCUUCAGAGUAGCAGAGUUUCUUACUAGGGAAAUCUCCUGACUCCGAUGAAGUCAGUGAUAGAAGACCCUUGGACCUGAUUCUGUCUUGGCUGUUCCACUGUACGUAUGCAAGGACAGAUAAUAUUGACUGUUCUAGGAAGCUAAUAUUCCUUCAGGCCUACAACUUCAAGUUUUAUUAUAUGAAUUCAAGUACUUUUGCUGCCGAUGGAUAGAAUAGAGAACUUACUGUCCCGGUGACCACUUCAAAUCUCUAUUAUAGGCUGGAUAUAUAGCCUCUACUUCCACCGCAUCUUGCCCUUGACUCUGUACCAUGAGUUGCCCUUCUGUUAGCAGAAAGGGAAAAUUUGAGCUUGUCCAGAGUGGCAGUGGAGUCUCCUUAGCAACCAUUCAAUGUUGGUAUGAAAUGUACCUCACACUGGGUAGCUCACCAUAGGACACCAGGUUUGUUGAAGAAAGUGGGCAAAAAAAACUUAUGAGUAAGAAUCCUGUCUCAAUGGUGACUUGGGUAAAGAGUUUUUAACUUUGUUGUAAGCCUGCCUGUCAUGAUUUCAAAUUAGAAAAUUAUGUAAAUCACAAACAGGUUCACUUCUCCUGUUCAACAGAGAGGCUUAAAGCCACAUGUCCAAACCUGUUUCAAUUAAGCUGAUGUUUACUGAAGUUUCCUAUGUACACAUACUAGUAGCCAGGUACAGAGUCAUGCCAUGUUUGUAUUGUACUUUGAAUUUAAUGCAGAGUAUCCUUGGUGAUUUACUCCAAGGCUAUAGAUUUGAAGGAGGUACACAUUCUUUACAUAAUAGCCAUUAUAAGGGUUUGCCCUGCCUUUACAGAUCCUUUACAGUAUCUUAAAACAUAGUACAUUUCUCUCAAGAAGUUUUAUCCCUGCCUAAUUUAUAUUCCAACUUUUAGUGGUUCUCAGAAUGUGGUCUUUGUACCAGAAGCAUCAGCAUCACCUGGGAAAUUGUUAAACACACCUCUCAAAACCCACUGAAUCAGAAACUCUAGGGGUGGAGCCCAGCAAUCUGUUUUAAUAAGUCCUCCAGGGGAUUCCAGUGCACACUAGUUAGAACCACUGCUCCACCUCACACAGCCUAUGACAUAAUUCCAGCCAGGUGAAUUACAGGUACCAAUCAUCACAUGACUUGCCUUAUCAAAGAACCCUAAUCUUGACCAUCUGGUGCCUAUUCUCCAAUUUAAACAUUCUGAAGCAAUAAAAGUAUUUUAUUUUA